AUGUUUAUUGCUAGAGAUCUGAGACCAUGUUCAACAGUGGAGAAUGAUUCUUUCGUUGAACUGUUAAGAGUUCUAGAACCAAAAUACAAUGUGCCAGGGAGGACAUAUUUUACUGGAAAGGUUGUUCCUGAACUGUACAAGGAAUGCAAGAUGGAAGUGGAGAAUGGUCUGAGAAAAGCAACAGCUGUUGCUAUAACAACAGAUGGGUGGACGUCAAGGGCCCCAGAGAGCUACAUAACUGUCCCAUGUCACUACAUUUCAGGUGACUGGAAGUUAGUCAACAAUGUUCUGCAAACCAAUGCCAUUUAUGAAUCUCACACUGGAGCCAAUGUUGGAGAGAUUCUGUCUGAUGCCGUAAAGGAAUGGAAACUGGAGAGAUCUGAACCUGUUGUUUGUGUAACAGAUAAUGCUGCCAACAUGACAGUCGCUGUAAAAGAGGCCGGGUUAAAACAUGUGAAAUGUUUUGCUCACACCAUCAAUCUUGCAUCCCAAAAAGGUCUCAAAGUCGACACAGUGUUUAGAGUUCUGUCAAAAGUCAGGCGAAUUGUCGGCUUCUUCCACCGUAGUUCUACUGCCACUGCCCUGCUGAGAGAAAAACAAAAAAUGUUGCAACUGCCAGAGCAUAAGUUGAUCCAAGAUGUCUGCACGAGGUGGAACAGCAGUUUUGAUAUGAUUGAUAGGUUCAUUGAACAACAACCUGCUAUCCUUGCUGUCCUGAUGUCAAAACAGGUCCGAAAACCUGAAAAGGAUCUUGGUUUGUCAGACACUGAGCUAUGCAAUGCUGAAGACCUUGUGGGAAUCCUCAAACCCAUGAAAACUAUUACCACUAUCCUGUGUGAUGAGAAACACCCAACUAUAUCCCUGAUAUUCCCACUGAAGGAGAAAAUCCUCAACAUGACACAAGCAGCAGAGACUGACUCAGCUUUCAUACGCAGUGUCAAGACUGCAAUAUCAGAAGAUAUAUCCAAGCGAUACAUUGAUGGGCAAGAUCUGCUGCUUCAAGCGUCAGCUAUGGAUCCAAGGUUCCGUUCUCUGCCUCAUGUUGAUGAUGCCAGACGACUUGCUGUAUUUGGUGCCAUUAUUGCAAAGACUGCAGCUCUGGCUGAUUCUGAUUCUGGCAAGGUGGAGGUGAAAACUGAAAUUGAUGAAGCCAGUGGGUCCAUGGAACCAGAGGAUGGUCUGCCCCAACUUCCUGAGGCCAGUGAUCUGAAACAAAGUGUGACACCAGAUGUGAAGGAAGAAAACACCUCUGCAAUGGAUGACCUAUUCGGUGAUGUCUUUGUCACUCAUGUGCAGACAGCUAAGUCCUCAUAUGCCAGAGUAGAGGAAGAGGUCAGCACCUACAAGGCUGAGGAUUGUAUUCCCCUCAAUUCAGACCCAUUACAGUGGUGGCAGGAAAAUGAAGAGACAUUUCCUUUGCUGUCCAAAUUAGCAAGAUGCAUUUUGUGUGUGCCAGGAACAUCUGUUCCAAGUGAGCGUGUAUUUUCAACAGCAGGCGAUAUAGUCACAGCUCAGAGAGCUACACUGAGGCCUGAAAACGUCAACAUGUUGAUUUUCCUGAAGAAAAACCUCAAGAAGUGA